UGGCGUCUGUGCUGCAGCUCAACAGACGAUCCACUGACGGUAAACAUUAGCAUUAGCAUUAGCAGCUACAGCCAGACCAGCGGAUUACACCCGCGACCUGCCGGCGUCCAGUCAGCUGCCACAGCCGCUGAGCAAACCGCUCCGAGCCGCCGAGACCAGCGUGAUGUAAGGCGAUGCUCGCUCGGCCACCAUGGCCAGUGUCACGCUGCGGUACUUCUGUUAUGGCUGCCUCGCCACCUCAGCCACUUGGUCCUUCCUGCUCUUCCUCUACUUCUCUCUGGGGGCGGAGCCUGGAGACAGCAGGACCCCUCUGCAGCACCGCAGCCAGCCAAUCACCAGGGGUCUGGGCGGGCGGAGGGCGAGGAAUCAUCUUCUGACAGCCAAUCGGGGAUUGGAGCUGUCGCCAGAGAUGGGGAUGAUCUUUAACGAGGCGGAUCAGGAGGUCAGGGACACUGGUUACCACCGACACGCCUUCAAUGUCCUCAUCUCCACCAGACUGGGUCACCACCGAGAGCUGCCCGACACCAGAGACCAGCAGUGUCAGGAGAAGGUUUAUCCUCUGGCUCUGCCCUCGGCCAGCGUAGUGAUCUGCUUCUUCAACGAGGCGUUCUCCGCCCUGCUGAGGACGGUUCACAGCGUGCUGGACCGGACGCCGGCCUACCUCCUGCACGAGAUCGUCCUGGUCGACGACCACAGCGAGCUCGACGAGCUGAAGAACGACUUGGAUCGAUACGUGAGGGGGGAGGAGCUUCAGGGGAAAGUGAAGCUGGUGAGAAACCAGAAGAGAGAAGGACUCAUCCGAGGACGCAUGAUCGGAGCCUCACAUGCUACUGGGGAGGUGCUGGUCUUCCUGGACAGUCACUGUGAGGUGAACCAGGCGUGGCUGCAGCCGCUGCUCGCCCCGAUCCAGAGAGACUCUCACACCGUGGUCUGUCCCGUCAUCGACAUCAUCUCGGCCGACACGCUGGCGUACUCGCCCUCGCCCGUCGUCAGGGGCGGCUUCAACUGGGGGCUGCACUUCAAGUGGGACCCUGUCCCCCCCUCAGAGCUCAAUGGGCCGGGGGGCACCACAGGACCAAUCAGGUCUCCCACCAUGGCUGGCGGCUUAUUCGCCAUGAACAGAAAGUAUUUCAACGAGCUGGGACAGUAUGAUGCAGGCAUGGACAUCUGGGGCGGAGAAAACCUGGAAAUCUCCUUCAGGAUCUGGAUGUGCGGCGGCCAGCUGCUCAUCAUCCCCUGCUCCAGAGUCGGACACAUCUUCAGGAAGCGGCGGCCGUACGGUUCACCGGGGGGGCAGGACACCAUGGCCCAUAAUUCUCUGCGGCUAGCGCAUGUAUGGAUGGACGAGUACAAGGAGCAGUAUCUGUCCCUACGUCCAGAGCUGCGUGAGCGCGCUUACGGUGACAUCAGCGAGCGCGUGGCGUUGAGGAAGCGGCUGCAGUGUCACUCGUUUCGUUGGUACCUGGACACAGUCUACCCUGAGAUGCAGGCUGUCGCCAACGGCAACAAGCAGCAGCCGCCGCUGUUCAUCAACAAAGGUCUGAGGCGUCCCAAAGUCCUGCAGAGAGGACGGCUACGUAACCUAGCAACCAGUCGUUGUCUAGUGGCCCAGGGCCGAGUUAGUCAAAAGGGCGGAGCCGUAGUCCUACGGCCAUGUGACCCCCGUGACCCUGAACAGGACUGGACCUAUGACGAGGAGAGUCAGCUGAUCCUCGCAGGUCUGUUGUGUCUCGACGUGUCCGAGAUCCGAACCUUCGAUCCUCCAAGACUGAUGAAGUGUCACGGAUCAGGAGGGUCACAGCAGUGGAGCCUUGGGAAGUCUGAGCGACUCUACCAGGUCUCCGUGGGUCAGUGUCUCUCGGUCGCUGAGCCAGUCGGACCUAAAGGUUACGUUUCCAUGGCGAUCUGUGAUGCGUCUCAGACGCAGCAGUGGCAGCUGGAGGUCUGAGGUCACUUUGUGUUUUUAAUUUUUCUGCUCAGGACAAUUUCAGAUUUUUUAAUAUUUAUCUGUUGAUGAUAUGAUCACGAUGUUGGAGCCGAUCAGUUUGAGACGUCCUCAGACCUUGUGACGUUUUAUUUUGUAUUUAUUGUAAAAAUUAAACUUAAAGACUGAUUCUACUUUUUAAACAAAUCCUGGAAAUGAAAUAAAAUGUGAAGUCGCUGAUCCAGAGAGAUGAUCCACGUGUUCUGGACCUCAGUGACAACGUUGUAAACUUUGUCAUCAUCAAUAAAUCAUCAGUUUACAAACAGAA